AUGGGAUUUUAUGCCAUUGAUUACAAUAAGAGGGGACGACUCGAUAUCCACGACCCGGACGUGGAGGGAGACCCCUAUGCCAUAGGAUUACUGCCACAACACCCGGAAUGGCAAUACGAGUGUCCAAAUAAAAAUAGAUCAGAGAAUUUAUUAAUAUAUGGUACAAACACUUGGGGACAAUAUUUAAUAAUUGAGAUCAAAUGGAGACCACAAAAGAAUCACAAAAUUAGCGCAAAUGUUAGACUCAUUUUCCGAGACGAAAAUCAAUUGAUAUAUGAAUUAAAUGAAAACGAUUUGUUAACUAUUGAAACGAUUGGAGACAUAAAGCAAUACAGAAUCGUUGGACUAAGUGUUGAAGUGUUGGCUCCGUUCAGAAAAUUGCGGAUCAAAUUUCGCGGAUAUCUCAGGAAUAGAGAGACAAAUGAAUUGAUUUUCUCGCGAUUCUCGUUAUUCUGGUGUCCGCUCUCUAAUGUGUUUGACUUUCAAAACGAUUUCGACCGCAAAUAUAUCGCCAAAGAAUUGAGUUCUUUGGGUAUCAAACAGUUGAUUGAAGAGGAAAGACACGAACAAUGGGGACAAUUGGUCGGUUCGGUUCAGUUUGACACACAAUUGAGUAAACAAUUGUUUUUAUGGGGAAAUAAAUCCAAACAAUAUGUCAACAGUUGGGACAAUAGGAAAGUGACACGAAUUUAUGGCUUUUCGUGCAAAAGCUUUGCCUUUCAUGUCGGCGCUCUUCGCUCACCACUUAAUUAUCGGGUACGUUACGGUUAUGUAAGCCUAGGCGUUGGCACUGUUUAUCCCAUUUCAUCGCUUAGUUGUCCAUUCAAUGAGAUUGAAUCGAUCGGCGAAUCGUUCACUAAAUUCAAGUUAGAAGUCGGCGAACAAAACCGAGUCUUUGAGAUUGAGAUCGAAAAGGCAUACGAAAGAUAUGAUAAUAUAUUGAUUUGCGAAUUGAAACUAAACGGACAAAAAGGCAAAUGUCUUGUAUUUAUUGAGGAAUUUAAUGGUGAAGAUGUUAUUAAUCCUUAUAACAAAGAACUGCCGGUCAAUGAAUUAUCGGAUUUGGUUUUGACUAUCAGUGACCCGAAGGCUAAGACGGUUGGUCUGAGCGGAGGUAAAGGCGCCUCUUUGGCAGCACUAAUCCAAUUGUCUAAUAGUUGUGACAAUAAGUCUGAAAUGAGAGAAGGAAUGCAAACCUGUUGUCAAAAAGUGAGCGAAAACUUUGCGAAACAAAAAUUACCUCAAGAUUUAAAAGACAAAAUUAAAGAGAAUUUAAUAGAAAAUUUUGGCUAUAAUUUUGAAUCAAUACGUUUUGCCGUCCGUUCGUCGGCUCUGAGCGAAGACUCCGAAGAGAUGUCAUCCGCCGGACAAAUGACAACUAUAUUAGGCGUGAAAGGCAUUGACAAUAUAAGCGAUGCUGUGAUGAAGUGCUGGUCUUCUCAGUUUGAAUUCGUUGCCGUAGAGUAUAAGAGAGGGUACGGACAGGAAAUCAAUAGUCCGAUGGCUGUUGUCAUACAAGAGAUGGUCGAUUGCCAAUCGGCGGGAGUCAUCUUCACAUGCGAUCCUCUCACUGGUGACGAACGCAAUGUUAUAAUAACCGGUAAUUACGGUAUCGGCGAGAGUGUGGUGUCGGCCGCCGCAGAACCCGACACAAUCAGACUUAACGUCAACAUUGAGACCAAUUCGCUGCUUAAUAAGAGAUCAAUUGCUGAUAUUCAGAGCAUAGAUAUUGGAUCGAAAUUAAAGUCAAUUAUGUUAAAUGAUAACAACGAGAGCGGAACCAUUGAAGUGAAUACAGUGCACAGCGAUGAGUGCUGUUUGACUGAAUCCCAGUGCAAAUCAUUGGGCGAAGUGUCGCUAGAAGUGCACCGAUUUUACGGCAACCCUCGGGAUAUUGAAUGGGGAAUAAUAGGCGACGAAAUCUAUUUGCUUCAAUCGCGUCCCAUAACUAAUCUAAACAAUUGGUCGGAUUGGGAGGCAAUGCAUGAAAUGGAUUCCGGACAGCAAUCGGAGAGCGAAUACUACUCGAGGGCUAAUUUGGGUGAAGUAUUUCCCGGCGCUUCCUCUCACUUAUGCCUUUCAUGGGUUGUGACGAGGUAUUGGCGAAAAAUGAUGGAUUUGCCAAAGAAAGAGUUUUGUGUUUAUUACAAUAGAGGCGGUGGUAUUGUUAACAAUCACUACUUUUUCCUUUUGAAAACAGGGACGUUUCCAUUCGUAGGCGACGCGAGAUCUCGUAUUUCAAAGUGUAUUCAAAUCGGAAUGUUUGGACACGAGUUCGGCGACGAAUACAACGAUCUCAUCGCCGACUCCAACGAAAAGGCGCCCAAAAAGUCAAUGUCUUUACUCACAAAACUGUGGCUAUUCUUCGGUUCGUUUGUAUACUUCUUAACGCCGGGAAAGAGCAUCAGAGCGGCCGUCAAAGACCUCAAGAAUCUGGACUUAUUUGAAGGGAAGAGUACUUUCACCGCCAAAGAUGUGUUCAACGCAUUGCUAAAAACGGCACAUCUGAGCGGUGCUAUUGCUUACGCUCACGGAAAGGCUACCAUCUGUUCAAUGGUUUAUAAUGUGGUUCUUCUCGAUAUACUCAAGAAGAAUAAUAAUGAUAAUAACGAAGCAAACACUUAUUCAGAUUUUGGUCAACUGGUCUCGAGUGCGAACCAAGUGGUGAGCGCUCAGGUGCCUAACCUAUUGAGAGAUAUUGCCGUCUCUAUCGAAAAUCGGCAACAAUUCCGGCAAAUGAGUGAUGAAAAAGCGCUCAAAUAUUUACUUCAUUCCGACACAAAGGCGUCCAUAAAAUUCAAACAAUUUUUAUUAGAUUACGGCCACAGAGGGUAUAAAGAGUUUGACGUAAUGACACUUCAGUGGGCAGAUAAUCCUAUUUCAGUCAUUAAAUCGCUUAAAACAAUGCUAAGCGGCGAUCAAACACUGCAAACAAAAUCAGAGAAAACAAUUGACGAGACGUUGUCUUCGUUGAAAACAAAGCUCACAUUUUCGCAAAAACUUUUGCUCAAGUAUUUAGUGAUCCCGUGGUGUAAGAGUGGCAUCAGUUGGCGGGAGAAGAGUAAACACGAGAUCACCAGAAAUUACAACAUCUUUAGGCGCGGAUUCUGGCGAUUGGCCAAAAUGAUGGUCUCUGAGGGCAGACUUCCCGAACCGGAUCUACUUUUUCACAUGAGUUUGGCUGAAGUGCACUCACUGUUUGCCGAAAGGGAUCCCACAAUCAUAGCCAGAGCUCGACUCAGAAAGAGAGUCCAUUCAAUACAGGAGACUAUGAAUUAUGACGAGACCACUAUUGGGCCCGACAUUCAGCCCAGAAAUGAAAAUUUUGACACAAGAAGUGAUUUGUUAAGCGAAGGAAUGGCUAGAAUUAAGGGAACGCCAGUCAGUGCCGGCAAAACUAAAGGGCGCUGUUGUGUAGCCAUGACUUUAGCUGAGGCCCAGAAUAUCAGGAGCGGAGAUAUAUUGAUAACGUAUAGCACAGACAUCGGUUGGAGUCCAUACUUCCCGAUGCUGUCGGGUUUGGCCACAGAAAUCGGUGGCCUUAUAUCGCACGGAGCGGUCAUUGCCCGGGAAUACGGGUUGCCGUGUCUGGUGGGUGUGGACGGCGCUCAUCGGCUCUUUAAAACCGGUGAUCAAAUAGUAAUCGACACAGAAAUCGGAGAAAUUUACAAAAUUGUAUAAUUUUUAAAACAAUUUUAAUUACAAUUAAUUGAAUUUAAUAUUUAUAUGAAAAAUUUGUAUCAAAAAGAAAAUUACAAAUGAAUUAAAAUAAUAAUAAAAAACAGAGAAAAGACAAAUAAGA